GGAGAUUGGGAACUCCGAGAAAUUAUACUAUUUUAAUUAGUUUAAACAUCCCUCCAUCACGGCACUCGUCCUGCUUCCACACAGCAUAAUAGCAAAUUCAAGCACCGAGAAGGAGAGGUAGAGGGAGAGGGAGAGAGAGAGAGAGAGGGAGAGGGAGAGUUCCGUUAUAGUAUAUCGGUGGAAAAAAGGAAGACCACUCAGGUGAUUUGGCGUUUUCAAAUUUGCACUUCCCUUUCCCUCUAUGGUUUAGUGCAUAAAAUUACUAAACUGACCCCGAUAUUUUAUACUGCUUCUCCUACGCUAGAUGACUAAAUCUGUCUUUUUAUACCAUUUUUGUCCCCAUCAAUAAGACAAUAACACCAAGCGGUAACGUUCGUCGUUCUGUAGGUUCGCUGUGGAUUUUGGACUCUUGUAUUUUAUGUGGCCACAAGUUAAAAUUCGUUGAUUUUGAGCUGUGUUCUUUUGAUUUAGGUAUAGAAGAGAGUAACCAAGGAGAGACAUAGAAAAUGGUGGAGAUGCUGAAGAAGGAUACGUCGUAUUGGUGGUGGUUUGACAGUCACCAAAGCUCCAGACGCUCUCCGUGGCUACAAUCUACUCUUGGCGAGCUGGACAGGAAGACAAAGGCAAUGCUGAAAUUGAUAGAGGAAGAUGCAGAUUCAUUUGCGCAGCUUGCAGAGAUGUAUUACAAGAAGCGGCCAGAGCUUAUUAGUAUGGUUGAAGAUUUUUACAGGACACAUCGAGCAUUAGCAGAGCGAUAUGAUCAACUUAAGUCUGACUCUGGAAACCGUCAUCUAGCAAUGUUGGGGUCCCAAGUUUCAACCAAAUAUCAACUGCAGAAGUUCAUGAAUGGAAUGGAUCAAACCUAUGACAACCAUUCUGAAACUUAUGACUCGGAGGACGCUGCUGAAUCUGAAGUUGAAGAUCCUGAACCGAUAGAGGAAACUGAACUUGAUGAAGGAAUGGGGGAGGUUGAGGAACCUGAACAUGGAAUGGAAAAUAGUGAAGUUGAAAGUUCAGGUGCAAUCUGCAAUGAUGAAGUGAUGAAAUUGAAGGAAGAAAUAGAAAGACUCAAGGAAGAGAACAAGAUUCAGAGGGAACAGCUUUUGCAGAAAGAUGAAGAGAAGAGAGAGGUUAUAAGACAGCUCAGUUUGGCAAUGGAAGUACUUAAGCUAGAAAAUAUGCAGCUCAGAAAGUGUGUAGCUAGAGAGACGCCCAAGAAAAUGAGCAUUUUUGAGUUAGAGAGGUUGAAGGAAGUAUUUUCAAGGAAGCUAUUCAAUGGGUGUUCAAAAUCUCGUGGGACUAUACUAGCUCUUUAGACAUGGGUUGCAGCCAGCAUGUUGUUUGUAGAGACAGUUCAACCAACAAGUAGUUUAUAGAGACAGUUCAUAUCUAGAAGAGAAUGUAAAAUCAAUUGUUGUUCUUUUCAGCUCAAUAUAGGAAGUAAACAUACAUUGUUGUUCUUUUCAGGUCAAAUAUAGGAUACGUAAACAUACAGCAGCUUUGAACUCUAUUUAGGAAGCAAAUGUAGGAGUAAAAUUAUAAUAAAGCAUGCCAAAAUUACCAAUUAUUGUCA